AUGGAUGUUAAAGAUACAGUUUUAAAUAUGAUUUCUUCAGAAGUCUUCAUUCCAAAGGAAUCAAUUAGAAUCGAAUCUACUCUCGGUGAUAAUGGAGCUGCUCCAGAUAUGGUCGAAAUUAAAAGCAAACUAGAUAGACACUACGAAAUGAAUAUCCCAAUUGAUGUUAUGCAUGGAAAAAUCUCAGGUAUUAUUUCAUGUAUUGAAAAAAAGAAACAUAUCCUUCAUUAG